AUGUGUCUUUACGAUUAUGCCGCAACAAUUCAUAAAAUAAAAAUCAACAGUAAAGAACUGGACAAACUAAAAAGACAAAAAAAUCGUGAAGGAUAUGCAACAAGAGUAGACCGAUUUCUGUUUUUAGCGAGAAAAAACCCAGAAGCCGCGAAAAUUCGACGAAUAGAAAGAUCUAUAGUAGGUUAUGAUAAUAUUGAUGACAUGGAAAUAUUAGAUAAUCAAGAUAACUUUGACAGCACAUUCACAUUAGACCCGUAUAAAAUUAUGCGUUCAGGAUUAAAUAAUGCAGAAUUUGUUGACAGUGCUAUGCUGCAUUUGUACUUAAGAAAUAAAUUUAAAACCAAAAAUAACAAACACUCAAACCUUCAAGAAAAAAUCAAAACCACAGAAUAUGAUCAGAAUAACCAAGUACGAUCUUCAUGCGAAAAUGAUGAAUACUUAAUCAAAAUAUGGCAAGAAACUGUAGCAUCAAGAAAAAAAAUAGAACAAAUAAAUAAUACUACAACAUUACACAUAAUAAAAACUAUAAAAAAUGCUAUAAUUUACAAUAAAGCAUGCUAA